UUUGUUGGAUUUUGGUUUUUAGUUGGUGGGUGGUGAAGUUUCUUUGAUUUCUGAAAUUAUGUGCUUGGAUUCUUUGCUUCUAUGUAUGAUUCGCUUGGAAAUUCAGUGAAAAGGAAACAGAAAAAUGCCUUCGUUUGUUUAAAUUUGUGAUUUUUCUGAUGGGGAUGUGGAUUUUGAAUUGGAAAGCCUCUAAAACCUUAAUUUUUUUAUGGUUUUUGUUUGGGUUUGGUGGAAAAUUGAGUGAGAAAAAGUCCCAUCUGGUAUUGGGUUCGUUGGAUAUGCAUCUUUUGAAAGUGAAUUAGGUCAAGUUCUGUGAUUUGGGUAAUGGGUUCUAAGUGAAUUUUGAGCCAGAAUCCAGAUCGAUACAAACUUGAGAAAACAGUUGUAAUCCGAUGCUUGUUUUUUCUGGAAUUUGAUUUGACCUGGACUUUACUUUGACUUCUUUCUCAGCUUGUCUGAGAUUUCUAGGUUUUUGAGUGAAACCCUAUAAUUUUGUGUACUGAGGAGAGAGAAAGAGACAGGGACUGUGUCAAAUAGAGGACUUAGUUGAAGCUUGAAGAUGAAUACUAUUAGCCUUUGUUUGCUUAAUUAAAGACAGUUUAUGUUUCUUGAAGAAAAUAUAUUUCCACUUCUUCAAUUUGCAUCAUAUUUCCUUUCAUCUGAUACAUGUUAGAUAGUCUUUUGAUGCUUAUGAGGUUCUCAUCUCCGCCUUCUAAAGCUGCUAACUAGAUCCCGGUUUUAAGCAACUUAAAUAUGUGCUUCUUGGUAACUAUAAAUACUGUUUAAGAAUUAAGCGUUAAAAUUAAGAAAUUUGAUGUGGUGGUACCAAAGCUUUUCAACUGUUAUACAAGUUUUUGCAAUGAAACAUGAAGUAGUGUGUUUCCAGAUUCAUGAAUGCAUUGCUUUUCGGCCGUUUUCUUCGGCAAUUAUGUGUUAAGUUCCUGCACUUGAAUCUCUGAUUUCCAACCAGAAAUCUGAACCUUUCAUUGAUCCUAAACCGAAAACACACCUCGGAUGAUCUUGAUCAUAGAGAGGAUCCCAACUCUCUCCCCUUACAAUCCCUUACCGAAAAUUCAGCCUAAAACCCUUUUUAACGCAAAAUAACAACUAUGUAGCUCAGUUACAGAGCUGAUACUAAUCAACUUCUAACUAACAACUAUAAACCAUCUAACAGAUUAUAGGCUAAAAUUAAAUACAAAACAUGUAAAGUAAACAACCAAAGCAUAAAGUGCAAACCUGUAAAUCCGCUGCUCUGCCGCAAUCCCUUACUCUGCAACUGCUUCUUUCCCUGCCCUUGUUCUUCCUCACAUACACCUGUAAACACUUAUCAUUCUGCUUCCUGGCUGUUUUACUGAUAGAUAAUAUAUGAUAUGUUUGAUGUAUUGUAUUCAUUUGCAUAUUAUAUCAUCUCCCAAGCAAAAAAGGAAAGAACUUUUGGUGUUUUUUGAAUGUCUUGUGCGUUUCUUUUCUCUCUUUCAAAUAAAAAUCUGCAAAAGUUUUAAUGUCCUUUUUUUUAUCGUCUUUAUUCCGGUAUACCUGCAGAGAGUUCCCGAUAAGUUUGUGAGUAAAUUCAAGGAUGAGCUUUCGGUUGCUGUUGCUCUCACUGUACCUGAUGGUCAUGUUUGGCGUGUAGGACUAAGGAAAGCUGACAACAAAAUUUGGUUUCAAGAUGGUUGGCUCGAGUUUGUUGAGCGUUACUCCAUUCGGAUUGGUUACCUUUUGAUUUUCAGAUACGAAGGAAACUCGGCCUUUAGUGUUUAUAUUUUCAAUCUAUCCCACUCCGAGAUCAAUUACCAUUCCGGUUCUAUUAUCAACAUGGAUUCACAUAAUCAUUUCAAGCGUGCCCGUUUGUUUGAAGACCUAGAAGAUGAAGAUGCGGAGGUCAUGUAUCCAUCUUCCGUGUACCCGAUGGCCGAUUCUGCACCAGUGAACAAAGGGUAUGCCAGUUCAACCAUUCAAAGCCUUUUCAGCGGAUCUAGAGCUGAAGAGACAUCUAAAGUUCCUAAAAAGAGAGGGAGGAAGAAGAAGAACCCUGAUCCCGAGGAAAUAAACUCGGCUCCCCACGAAGAUGAUUCAGAGAACCGUUCAAAGUUCUACGAAAGCGCUUCUGCGAGAAAGAGAACUGUCACUGCUGAAGAAAGAGAGAGGGCCAUCAAUGCAGCCAAGACGUUCGAGCCCGUAAAUCCUUUCUUCAGGGUUGUUCUCCGACCAUCCUACCUCUACCGAGGCUGUAUCAUGUACUUGCCUUCUGGGUUUGCUGAGAAGUACCUUAGUGGGAUAUCUGGAUUCAUCAAACUCCAACUUGCGGACAAGCAAUGGCCAGUGCGUUGCCUCUACAAAGCCGGGCGAGCAAAGUUCAGCCAGGGAUGGUACGAGUUCACCCUCGAGAACAAUCUAGGCGAGGGAGAUGUUUGUGUCUUCGAGCUUCUCAGAACCCGAGAUUUCGUCCUUAAAGUCACGGCUUUUCGGGUCAACGAGUACGCUUGACAACAACAGCCACCCACCCCCCAUUAUCAUCGAUCUUCAGGAUCUCGGGUAAAAUUUCGUUUAGGGUUUCGUAAUUUCGGAAAAAGUUUUUAACUUUCAGUUGCAUCGGUUUCGGGUGAAUCUAUCUAUGUACCGUUUUACUGUCUGUUCUAAGUGAAAUUCGGGAUGCCGGUUUUCGAAUGUGGAUAUAUAAGCGCUUCUAUACGACCUUUGGGGUGGAACUUUGUUCUUAAUAUGAGUAGAAGAAAUCUGUAGGCAUGAAACUUAGGGUUUGUAAAUACCUACCUCAUCUCCUCCCUUCAUUCAGUCUUGGUAUUGUGAAAACUGGCGACCAGGAACUCGACUCUAUUGUUUGUGUUGUGGAUCUCCUCA